AUGGCCCUGUUAUAUGUCCUCGUUAGUGCUAAUUAUGGAUGUACGGAGCGAGGAGGAAUAUGUUCCAAUUCUUUGGACUGUCCUAUGAAUGGAGGCGAACAAGAGAAACUCGAAGUUAAUUGUUGCAAAGGAAAGGCUUGUUGCAAGUGCACCGAUAAGUGUCCAGAAGGAUCAUCCUGUAUUCCAAGUAACGCCACGUGUGAUGGUGGAAAUGGUAAAGUGGACCCUUUAUUGUGCUGUGGUGAUCAAGUCUGCUGCACACCUACACCAUGUGUUGAGAAUAAUGGAUGUACUGAGCGUGGAGGAAUGUGUUCUGAUUCUUCGGACUGUCCUACGACUGGAGGCGAACAAGAUAAACUAGAAGUCAAUUGUUGUCAAGCAAAGGCUUGUUGCAAUUGCACUGAUAAGUGUCCAGAAGGAUCAUCCUGUAUUCCAAGUAACGCCACUUGUGAUGGUGGAAAUGGUAUAGUGGACUCUUCAUUGUGCUGUGAUGAUCAAGUCUGCUGCACACCAUGUGUUGAGAAUAAUAGAUGCACUGAACGUGGAGGAAUGUGUUCUGAUUCUUCGGACUGUCCUACGACUGAUGGCGAACAAGAGAAACUAGAAGUCAAUUGUUGUCAAGAAAAGGCUUGUUGCAAUUGCACCGAUAAGUGUCCAGAAGGAUCAUCCUGUAUUCCAAGUAACGCCACGUGUGAUGGUGGAAAUGGUAUAGUGGACUCUUCAUUGUGCUGUGGUGAUCAAGUCUGCUGCACACCAUGUGUGUUCGACUCAUUUAAAAUAGAUAACAGAUAA